AAGGCGGCCGCCGCCUCCUUCUCCUCCUCCUCCUCCUCCGGCGGUGGCGGCGGCUCCGCGGAGCUUCUCCGGCAUGGCGCGCCUCGCCGACUACUUCGUGGUGGUCGCCUUCGGCCCGGGCAAGCGCGGCAGCAGAGACGGCCAGGGCCAAAUACUCCAGCGGUUUCCAGAGAAGGACUGGGAGGACAACCCUUUCCCCCAGGGGAUCGAACUGUUUUGCCAGCCAAGCGGAUGGCAGCUUUUCAAGGAGAGAAACCCUCCCACGUUCUUCAUUGCCGUCCUGACUGACAUCAACUCGGAGCGCCAUUACUGUGCCUGCUUCACCUUUUGGGAGGCCAUUGAAAGCGUCCAGCAGCUGCAGAACCGCUGGAGGAAGGAGGAAGUGGAGGAGCUGGAGGUGAGCGCGCUCGUCCAUCCCUUGCAGCUCUUUGCCCCAAAGAGUUUGGUGCUCGUGUCUCGGCUGGACCACACCGAGGUUUUCCGGAACUGCCUGGGGCUGAUCUACACCAUCUACGUGGACGGACUGAGCACCUCUCUAGAGACCGUGGUUGGGAAUCUCCUGACGUGCACCAUCCCCAUUACGGGGGGCUCCCAGCCUGACCUGGAUGACGAAGCAGCGAGGACAAUUUCCCUGGGUGCAGGCGACAGGCAGGUGAUCCAGACGCCCAUCAGCGACUCUCUCCCCGUCAGCAACUGCAGCGUGGCUCUCCUCUUCCGGCAGCUAGGAAUCACCAAUGUGCUGAUUCUCUUCUGUGCGGCCCUGACUGAGCAUAAGAUCCUCUUCCUCUCCAGCAGCUACCAGAGGCUGACCGAUGCCUGUCGCGCCCUGCUUGCCCUCCUCUUCCCCCUGAAGUACAGCUUCACGUACGUGCCCAUCCUGCCCGCCCAGCUGCUGGAGGUCCUCAGCACACCCACCCCCUUCAUCAUCGGGGUCAGCUCUGUCUUCCAGUCAGAGACCCAAGAGCUGCUGGACGUGAUCAUCGCAGAUCUCGAUGGAGGGACGGUCACCAUCCCGGAGUGCAUCCACAUCUCUCUGCUGCCUGAGCCUCUCCUCCAUCAGACGUGCGAAGCCCUCUCGAUGGUCUUGGAUCCAGAGUUGGAGAUGGCAGACCUGGCCUUCCCACCCUCCACCAUCUCUGCUUCCUCCCUCAAGAUGCAGGAUAAGGAGGUCCGGGCAGUCUUCCUCCGCCUGUUUGCCCAGUUGCUGCAGGGCUACCGCUGGUGCCUGCACAUCAUCCGUAUUCACCCGGAGCCCGUCAUUCGCUUCCACAAGGCCGCCUUCCUCGGGCAGAGGGGCCUGGUGGAAGACGAGUUCCUCCCCAAGGUGCUGGAGGGCAUGGCCUUCGCAGGCUUUGUGACCGAGAGGGGGCCCCCCUACCGGGAGACGGACUUGUUUGAUGAGCUUGUGGCCAGUGAAGCCAAACGGAUGCAGGCCGAUGAAGGAAACAAGGCAAAGGUUCUGCGUCACAUCAAGGAGCUGGCAGAGCAGCUCUACAAAAAUGAGAACCCGUACCCUGCCGUGACCAUGCACAAGGUGCAGAAGCCCACGGAGGGCUGCCACCUGCGCCUGCACCAGAGGCCGUUCCCCCAUUUGGACGAAGGGACCAUCCAGUGGAUUGUUGACCAGGCCACGGCCAAGCAGCAGACAGCGCCUCCUUUGGUGAAGGCGGAGAAGAAAGCCAUGGUGCCAUCCGGGCCACCCCUGGGGACCCUCACGGAGCGGAACGGGAUGCUCCUGGCCAACAGUGCCCGGCGGCUGGAGGUGGUCAGGAACUGCAUCUCCUUCGUCUUUGAGAGCAAGAUGCUAGAAGCCAAAAAACUCCUGCCGGCUGUGCUGCGGGCUAUGAAGAGCCGGGCCGCUCGCCACUGCCUCACCCAGGAGCUGAACCUCCACGUGCAGCAGAACAGGGCCAUGCUGGACCACCAGCAGUUUGAUUUCAUUGUGCGGAUGAUGAACUGCUGCCUGCAGGACUGCAACGCUGCAGACGAGCACGGGGUCGCUGCUGCGCUUCUGCCUUUGGUCACUGCCUUUUGCCGCAAACUCAGCCCGGGAAUCACCCAGUUUGCCUACAGCUGUGUGCAGGAGCACCUGGUGUGGACCAACCUUCAAUUUUGGGAAGCCAUGUUCUACAGUGACGUGCAGAACCACAUCCGGGCUCUCUACCUGGAGAGUAACGAGGAGGACUCUGCGGAGCAGGUGGCGGAGGAGGAGUCGGCUCUGGAUAUCGCUGCCGUGCAGUGCCGUCUUUGGCCCACCAUGAGCCGGGAGAAGCAGCAGGAGCUCAUUCAGAAGGAAGAGAGCACCGUCUUCAGCCAAGCCAUCCACUAUGCCAACCGCAUGAGCUACCUCCUGCUGCCUCUGGACACCAGUAAGAACAGGCUCCUGCGGGGCGCUGGACUCGGAGACGCCGAGAGCGUCAGCAACAGCUUAAUCACCAGCAGCAUCGCUGGCAGCGUGGCGGACAGCUACGACACCGAGAGCGGCUUUGAGGAUGCCGAAAGCUCCGACGUGGCCAACUACGUGAUACGGUUCAUCAACCGCUUUGUGGACAAGGUCUGCACAGAGAGCGGCGUCACCAACGAGCACCUCAAGGGGCUGCAUGUCAUGAUCCCAGACAUCGUCCAGAUGCACAUCGAAACCCUGGAUGCCGUGCACCGAGAGAGCAAAAGGCUUCCUCCAAUACAGAAGCCCAAGCUCCUCCAGCCGAGCCUGCUGAUUGGAGAGGAGAGCGUGAUGGGUGGCCUGCGCGUUUACCUGGUGCCCGACGGCAGGGAAGAAGGCGCUGGAGGCAGCCUCGGGGGGCCUCCUCUGCUUCCGGCCGAAGGAGCGGUCUUCCUGACCACCUACCGCAUCAUCUUCAAGGGCACACCCACCGACCCGCUUGUGGGAGAGCAGGUGGUCGUCCGCUCCUUCCCCAUUGCCUCUCUGACCAAAGAGGAGAAGAUUUCAGCCCCGACUCCCUUGGAUCAGUUCAUCCAGGAGGGCUGCGCUCAGCUCCAGCUGCGCUCCUGUACAUUCCAGGUGCUGCGCAUUGUCUUUGAUGAGGAGGUGGCUUCCGAGAGCGCAGAGACCUUCCGGAAGCAUCUCAGCAAGUUGCGCUACCCCCAGCACGUCUCUAAUACCUUUGCCUUCACGGUGGGACAGAUCGGCAAGGCCGCUCUGCCUGCCAAAGCCAAGGACAAAAACCCGUCACUCAGGACCAUCUCCAAGAACCUAGUAAAAAAUGCCAAGAAAACCAUCGGACGCCAGUACGUCACUCGCAAGAAGUACAGCCCGCCUCCCUGGGAGCAGCGGGGCAGCCAGCACCCAUUCCCCGAGGACAACGAGGACGAGAUCUCAGUGUCUGAAGAAAUGGAGCGGAGCACCUUGACCCCUUCGGCCGCCAUCAGGCCCUCUGACAAAAUGACCAUGAGCCACCUGGUGGAGCGAGCCUGUUGCCGAGACUAUCAACGCCUGGGCCUGGGCACCCUGAGCAACAGCCUGACCCGCUCCAAGAACGAGCCUUUCCGCAUUUCCACUGUCAACCGGAUGUAUGCCAUCUGCAGGAGCUACCCAGGACUGCUGAUCAUCCCGCAGAGCAUCCAGGACAACACCGUUCAGCGGAUCUCGCGCUGCUACCGGCAGAACCGCUUCCCAGUGGUCUGUUGGCGGAACUCGCGCACCAAGACGGUGCUGCUGCGUUCGGGCGGCUUGCAUGGGAAGGGCGUGGUGGGUCUCUUCAAGUCCCAGAACACUCCUGCCACAGGCCCCUCCCAGGCAGACUCAACCAGUCUGGAGCAAGAGAAGUACCUGCAAGCCAUCAUCCACUCCAUGCCCCAUUAUGCGGAUGCCGGUGGGCGCAACACGCUCAGUGGUGGCUUCAGCUCUGCCCACAUGAGCCACUCAGAUUCAUCUGAGAAGCGGCAGCCCAAGUUGGGGUCCCUUAUGAAGCAGGUGAUGGGCGGGAGAGACGAAGGGUCCGGCACGGGGAGCCGUGGAGCCCUAGGUCACAGAACUAGGGUAAUUACCUUCUCCAGCCCCAAGAGUGCCUCACCAAGGAAACCCGACUCCCCUCGAGGCAAGUGGGGCAGCAUUCGAGCCGGGGGCCGCUUAAGCAGCUACGCCCUCAACAUGGAGAUUGGGUCCCGACUGGCUGGGAAAGAAUGUGGAGCACAGCCCAACGGGUCCCCCUCGGAAGCCGGUUUCCUCCGCCAGCUGUACAUAAUCGGAGACAAGUCCCAGUUGCGGGGAAUAAAGCCGGACCCUUUGCAGCACUGGGAAAUGGUGCCCAUCGAGGUGUUUGACACGCGACAGGUCAAGAGCAGCUUCAAGAAACUGAUGAAGGCCUGCGUCCCCGGUAGCCCCUCCCCAGAGGCUGGCCCAACCUACCUGCGCUCCCUGGAGGAGUCGGAGUGGCUGGUGCAG